CUCAUUUCCAACACAGGAGUCAGGUCCGUGCAAAUUUCAACUGUAGAAAGCUUUUCUUCCGCUGAAAGAUGUGGUUUUAAAGCAGGUGAUGUGGUCCUUGCUGUAAAUAACGUUCCAGUUACGAGUGAGCGUCAGCUGAACAAGCUACUUACCGGUACUUCCAGUGAAUUGAGUGUUUUGGUUGAUCGGCUGAUUUAUGAAAAAGACGAUACCUCACUCAGUACGCUAAAUAUUGACGGCAAUGACUCAGCUUCUUUUGGUGAUUUCGACGAGAUCAUUGUUCCUGAAAUCUUUGAAAAUGUAAACAAAAGUGAGCAAAUGGAAGCGCUAGGAAAAGGAAGUCGCCGACGUAGUCGGAGUGCAACAACAUUUAAUUCAAACAUAUCUUCAAACGACUUCACGGUCAAUGUUUUAAAAGAUAGGAGAGUGUUCCAUCUAUGCAUAGAUGGCAAGUUUACUAAUUUUUCGAAAAUAUCGAAACAUUCUGAUCUGAUGAAGAUGUCACAGCUUGAAACUGAGCGCGACUGCAUUUUAAGGAAACAUGUUCGUGUUAGGCGCGUAAGAACUCUUAUCUUGCUGCAAUAG